GCGUGAGAGGGUUAGUUACGUAAUUUACGAUCCAGAAUGGCAGUACCGACCUAUAUAUAAGUGGUGCCGAAACUAUAGUUAGGAGAGUGAGUGAGUGUGUUGUUAUUGUAUAAUCUGAGAGGAAGAUGGCGGAGAAAAGCAAGAUUCUGAUAAUAGGUGGAACGGGGUACAUCGGUAAAUUCAUUGUGGAAGCCAGCGCCAAAUCCGGCCACCCUACCUUUGCUUUGCUGAGAGAGGCCACCAUCUCCGACCCCGCCAAAGCCCCUCUCGUCCAAGGCUUUAAGGAAUCUGGUGUCACCCUUCUCACUGGUGAUCUGAACGAUCACGAGAGUUUGGUGAAAGCCAUAAAACAAGUGGAUGUUGUUAUAUCUACAGUAGGGCAGCUGCAGUUGGCCGAUCAAGUUAAGAUCAUCGCCGCCAUUAAAGAAGCUGGAAAUGUGAAGAGGUUCUUGCCCUCGGAAUUCGGGAACGACGUGGAUCGCACGCGCGCGGUGGAGCCCGCCAAAUCGGCCUUCGAAACCAAGGCCAAAAUCCGCAGAGCUAUUGAGGCGGAAGCCAUUCCUUACACCUACGUGUCGUCCAACUACUUCGCCGGAUAUUCGCUGCCCACGCUGGCGCAGCCGGGCGCCUACGCUCCCCCGCCGCCCAGGGACAAAGUUGUCAUUUACGGCGACGGAAAUGCUAAAGCUGUGUUCAACGAAGAGCAUGACAUUGGCACAUACACCAUCAAAGCUGUGGAUGAUCCAAGAACCUUGAACAAGAUCCUGUACAUCAAGCCUCCUAAGAACACGUAUUCGUUCAAUGAGCUCGUUGCUCUGUGGGAGAAGAAGAUCGGCAAAACUCUCGAGAAGGAGUACAUCCCAGAAGAUCAACUCUUGAAGAAGAUUGAAGAAUCCCCAAUUCCUGUGAACAUCAUACUAUCCAUCAACCACUCCAUAUUUGUGAAGGGCGACCAAACCUACUUCACAAUCGAACCCUCCUUUGGUGUUGAGGCUUCGGAGCUGUAUCCAGAUGUCAACUACACCACUGUCGAGGACUUCCUUCAUCAGUUUGUCUGAGAAUUCAACAUCGGAGCUUACAUUGUGUCGCUUUCUUCAUUAAUGCCCAUUGCUUAUAAAUAAGUGUGUUUCCUAAUCGUCUCAUUUCACUUGUUAAUUUGAUGCUACUGUGUUUUCUUGGUCUCCUUCUACACUUCACAUGUAAGCUCUCAUCAUCAAAUCAUAUCCCCAUUUGCCUUUA